CAUUCCCACCAUAUAUGGUAAUAUGAUCCUAUUGCUGUUUUACAUUUCCAGCAUAGGAGUGAGAUGUUUGCACCCAUUUUGGCUAGCCUUACAGGUGGAACUAUGCCCUCUCUUACCUGAUUCCGUAGGCAACAUCUCUUCCCCCUCACUCUCCCAAGGUCAUUCCCACAUAGCAUUACAACACCUGAUCUGUGCUGUUUCUGUAUGAGCUUGAGCCAACACAUUGUUAUCUUUAGCAGUAACAUCAUGUUCACUGUACCAUUGAACACCUCUGAUUGUUAAAGGAUUACAGCAUAGUCAGGAAAAAUGUAGGUGGCAUAUUGGAGAGUUCAGUCAACUAUAAUUAGCUUACUUUUAAAAAUAGGACUGGGGUAUUACAGGCUGAGAAGAAAAAUACUUAUUUUAGGUUUCUAUAGUUUUUCAAAUUUUUAUAGUCUUACAUAAAACAUCAACUUUUCCAACUUCUAAAACUUCUAGAACUUUUCUAGAACUACUAAGAUCUUGGUAGAAAUACAUACAACUGCCCAAAUAAAGUUAUACAGCAUAAGGCAAGAAGCAAUCUCUAAAUUAUAUGUGGCUUCAUAAAUUAAUGUAGCAAGUUGGAAUUAUGUUUACAGACAGAAUGUCAAGAAUUUGUUUAAUGGUGCCAUAGUAGAUAAGACAAUGAAUAGUGGUUUUGCUAAGCUAAAAGGUCUUGAGCAAAUCUUAUGAAAGGUAAAGAAAACAAUUAUGCAACAGGUGAUUGAAUGAAGAUUGGUAAAGCUGUUUUAGAUGUGUGCACUAUUUAUAUACUAAAUUAUAUACUUUCCUCUCUGUAAGCAAUUAUAUAGCUAUUGUAACAUUAUUGUAAUAAUAUUCUAUCAGAUAUGAGCAUAUCUGGAUUUGUUUGUUUGUUUGUUUAAUUUAUAUGCCACCCUCCUCGCCUGGUGGUGAUCCAAUUCAGAUUUUACAGACCUGUUAAUCUGCUGAUCUGUUAAUUUUGAAAACCAGUACUGCAUAAUAUCUCGGCACUAUUACAUUUCUGGGAGUAACUAUCACCCUUUUUCUGCUUGAAGUGAACUUGAAUAUACGUGGGGUCUUACUUUUAGGUGUGAGAAUAUUUUUUCAGUACAGACAACACUGAAUAAUAUCUAGCAAAGUUUUUGUCCAAAACAUUAAUGUUAGCUAUUACUACAGAAGCAUUCUACAUCUGUCAACUAAGAAUUUCAAUUCAUUUAGUUUUUGCUAUACAUUUAGUUGACCUUAUUUUUACAAGUCUUUCCCCUACUUACAACAUAGAGAAUAGCCUUCUCAAAGGUGAUGACAGGAUGAGCUGCACAUGUAUAAGUGUUCUAUCAAAUAUUUCAAUGACCUGUGGAAGACAUGCAUACUCUUUUGUGAUGCAUGGAGCAGAAUCAUUUCUGUUCUCUUCUUUUGCCAGGAAGAUAUGAGUGGCUGGAUGUUUGCAUCUAUAAAUAGCUACUUUAUGUCAGCUAGAUGCCAAUCUUUUUGAAGAGGGUCAGUCCCCAGUUUGUCUUGGUACUAGGCAUCAUGCAAACCCUAGAAGAAGCAUAGAAACCUCCAAGGACUGGAUAGGUCAUCCCCAUUCAUAGCAAAUUCCAUAAACUCUGCUCAAAGCAUCAAGAUCAGUAUUUUCUUGAACAAUAAGUAAGAAAUUUUUUGCUCAUCACGGCAAUGCUCUCACAUUCUGACAUGAUCAAAGAGAGAAAGCAGCAAGCAUCAGCCAUCAUGAAGGAGAUACAGCUAAAUGAAUCCCUGCAAAUGGAUCUUGGAAAAAAGAUUAGCAUCCCUAGGGAUAUCAUGCUGGAAGAACUGUCACUACUGAGUAAUCGAGGAGCAAGGCUGUUCAAAAUGCGGCAAAAGAGAUCUGACAAGUACACAUAUGAAAAUCUUCAUUUUUUAUCUAGCAAACCAAGCAAUCGCAAUGAGAUCAUACAGUGUGUCCGGUUGGAUGCUCAUGGCCUGGAACCUAGUCAUCUAAAUGCACCAAUGACACCUCCUAAUACACCUGAUCCAAGGGGUCCACCCAAUCCUGAAACUAUUGCCCCAGAACUGAAGAAAUCCAGUAUUAUAAGAAUAAAUUUCCCACUGAAUACAAUGGCUGAAGCAAGUAUGAAACUGAUUCAAAGCUGGAUAGAAAUACACGAACCAAAUAUACAAGGUUACUCUGGACCUUUGAAGAUAAUUUCUCCUGAGAAGUUCAACACUACAUCUGUACCAAAAUACUAUCAAUCACCUUGGAUUGAGGCCAUCAGUAAUGACCCUGAGCUGCUGGAAGCUUUGUAUCCUAAAUUGUUUAAGCCAGGAGCAAUACCAGAACUACCCAGCUUUAAGAGCUUUAACAGAGUUGCCACUCCUUUUGGUGGUUUUGAAAGAGCAUCAAAACUUAUCAAGUACAAAGUCCCAGAUUUUAACUUUCUGCUGCUAAAUGAUCCACGAUUUAUGGUCCUUGCUAACCCACUUUCUACCAGGAGAUCAUUCAACAGGACUCCUAAAGGUUGGACCUCCGAGAAUAUUCCCAUAAUGAUAACUAUACAGUCUACAGAAGUCAAUGGUGUUCCAGAAACAGACGAUUUGUGAAAAGUACCGUAAGUGCACCACGAAUCAGAUUCAGCUUCGCAGUGUUUUAGUCUUUUAACACUCUCUACAUCUAUUCCAACAUCCUAUUUUAUGUUAUUGAAUGCAAUAUGAUCUGAUGAUGCAGUUGUAUUCUGGGCUUAACUAAUAUUUAUAUUGAUUCCUAAUACAAAUAAAACUAUGUGGCCAAUGCAUUCUUAAAAAAAUACAUUUGACGCUUUCUUUCAACCUUUACGUUUUAUAUAUUAAAUAUAAUCUGAAUUGAUUCUCACUGGUCAAUUUUUAUAUUAAGAGGUCAGAUAAUGAUAACAAUUUCAAUGAUAUUACAAAUUUAUCUAUCAAUUCUAGUUUGAUAAGACUUGCUACUGAGAUAUAGUGGCAAAUGUGUAGGAACUCUUGGUUAAACUACAUAUUUCAAUGAACCCUACUGACCCAAUCUGUACAUGAUAUAAAAUUAAACAUGACAUCAUUUUGUGAAUCUGAAUGCAUACUUACUAUUUAAUGUGAACUGACCAAAAUAAAGAAAGUCUAUACUUUUGUUAAGUAGGUAUGCUACUAGGAAUCUGAAAAAAAAAAAAAA